AUGCCCGGCCACGCCCCGGCCCCGGACGAGCUGGAGCCCAAGAUGAAUGCUUCCUCUGCCCACUACAUCCCCCAGCCGCCGAAUCUGCCCUUUUCCGCCCACGACUCCAGCGACGCCAUCGCAUUGCGGGCUGCCAUAUCGACGCUGCAAUACCAAAAGCAGAAGGCACAAGGCGACCUCAAGACAUUGGAGAGCAUGAAGAAGCUCGCUUUGGAUGAUCCAGAGCUCUUCACUGCCGAGUUGAAGGCGGGGAGGCUGCAUGAAGUCCGACCCACGAUGAUGAGCAGCAUGCGGCCGUUUGUGGAGGGGGAGGAGGAUAGUGAGGAUAGUGACGAGGAUGACGACGAACACGAGAAACCGGCGGUACUGGGCGCAGAACGGGAGGAUGAAGAGGGGCUGUCGAGGGAGGGAAGAUCGCAGUCACCGAUGCUACGGACAGAAAUUCCAGAUUCUCAGCCCUCUCAAGCAGCAUCUGGGGAUGUCAAGCAACCCACCAAGUUCCCCAAGAUCCCAGGCGCACAGGAAGUGAUACGCACGCCAUACAUCAACUGGGAAAAGUAUGGUGUCGUGGGUGCACCGCUGGAUAGCAUGCACGCACAGCAACAGCGAUGGCCAGGCAGCACAAACUUCACCCACAGCAAGGGUCGAGAAUACRCGGUCGCUGCACCAUACAGCCCGUUUCUCGACGAUUUGGAGGAUCAACCCCGACGUGAUGUACAGGACGAAACACGCAGGGACUCUGGUCCUCAACCCUCGUUGACAGGAACAAUAAGUGAGMAUGUGAUGUCGACGAGGAGCAGGAAUUAA